AUGACCGUCCAAUUAUCACCUCUUGUUUUAAAUGUGAAUACACAUUGGCAUUCAAACUUAUUUUCACAAGACAAUUACAUUAUUGGCCUCUUAAAAAAGCGUGUAUACGGCGUUGAGGAAGUUCAAGCAAAUAACGCUGGUGGGAGAAUUGCUGAGGACUGUACUUUAAUCCUUACCGAAGGUGAAUCUUUAGCAGUUUCCGGGUUGGACGUGAAAAUUAUGGAAUUUUCCUAUUUCGGGAAAACUUAUAAAUAUUCGGAAGCUCUCGAUUUUAUCGGUUCAAAUUACAUCAAUAUCCUUUAUGGCAAAGGUCAAUUUGGUACAAAGGCUCAAGGAGGAAAAGAUGCAGCUAUUAGCGUUGCAAUCCCUGGAUUGACUCGAAAAAUAUUCCAUCCUCAUGAUGAUCAUGUCUUCAACGUGAACGCCUCGACAUGUCCCAUUACUAGUAGUACCAGCCAUUGGAGUCAGAGUCGACGGCUGAGUCGACUCUGCAAAAAUCAAGUAGA